GUUUUCCGCGCUCGAAGUUUGGGAAUUUCAUGGGCUAUUCUUGUUUCAUGGGCUUAUCCUUGAUGCCUUUUGGGACACUUCGGAUUGUUGAAAGAUUAAUAUUCUUGUUGCGUUUUUAAGCGCGAAGUAUCAGUGAAAUUUUCUUCGAUACGUUGGAAAGGUUAGGAAGACGAGAAUUUGACAUUGCCUCGUAGCUUCCCUUAUUGGUUUGGAGUGCGCUGGUGAUCGAAGUUGUGCUUUUUUGUCGGAACUACUAAAGGAAGGCAUGGAUGAGAACCAGCAGCAAAGCAAAGAAAACAAAAGUGCUGAUGAGCCACUUGAGUCUGUAAAUGGAAAGAAAACACUGAAAAAUGACGGUAGGGAAUACAUUGCUUGCACUAUAAAGUAUUGAAAGUAAUUUGCAACUCUCCAUAUUUGUUAUUUGUAAUUGACAUGCUUUGCACAGGUGUUGUGGGGUUAGUGGAGAAGUUAACUGUAUUUCAAAAAUUAAAUCACUUUAAAUUGCAGUGAAAGCUAUUACUUUUAUAGUUAUAAAAGUAUCAAAGGUAACUUCUCUGAGAACCUUCUCCAGUGUCUGUGAUAUAGAAGUGUCCACUAAAUAUAGGUUCAUUUAUUAAGAAAUGUGGGAAGAAUAGUAUGCAACUGAAAAUACAAGUAAGGACUGGAAAAGAAUAUUUAUUCCUUGCUAGUAAUCUCAGAACAGCUGUGUGGAGCUGGAAAUUAACAGUGCUGGAAUACAACAGUAAAUCCUGCUGAUAAACUGAGAACAGCUGUGUGGGGCUGGAAAUUAACAGUGCUGGAAUACAAUAGUUAACUCCUGCUGAGAAACUGAGAACAGCUGAGAGGGGCUGGAAAAUAACAGUGCUGGAAUACAACAGUUAUCCACUACUGAAAUUCAGAAACAGGAAACUUUUAAAUACUUUUGUGCAACAAUAUACUGAGCAUGCAGUAAUAUCUUCCAUUGCCUCAAUUCCAGUUACUUGUAGAAAGGUCAUCUCUGAACCAUUAAAUAGGAUCUGUUUUACCCGUUAUGGAAGAAAAAAUCUUAACCCUUUAACCCCUAAAAGUGACCAGCUUCUAAUUUCUCCUUACAAUAUCUCCCCUGAAUCAAACAUUGAGUUCAUGAGAAUAAAGGAAAUGACCAACAAUUUAUAAAUCUCUUGAUUUUUAUAAAAACUCUCUUUGUCAGGGCUUCAGGAAAUGUAUAGAGAACAGUAUGGAGAAUAUGCAUAAUGAUGUUAGGGUGUAAAGGGUUAAUCAAUAAAUGUAUGUUAAAGGUAGCAAUCUUCUAUAACUAUUACUUAUUCACAAAUACUAUAUUUUAUUUAGCAGAUUGUAGCUUCAAUGGAUGCCAGAAAUAUUUUUAUGAAAAACUGGCAGAUACAGUUUUGUAUUGUACUCCAGGAUAUACAUCUUUCCCAAAAGAUGGUAUUUCUUCAGAGAAGAAUGAAAACUUAAAUGCUUUCUUUAAUCAGUAUAAAAGACGAUUUUUUGAACGACGUAGCCUGAAAAGACCAGUCUACACACUAAAACUUGACCAAGAAGGUAAGAUUGUCCGUGACAAAAAUGGCAUCCUUGUUGUUUUGGUCAACAGUUAUGUUCAAGGAGAGCUUAAGACUACAAAGCAACUUCUCUACAGAGAGGCUGUAGAUGGUGUAUUAAGCAGUUUACACUACAUUAAAGGUGUCCUUGGAGAGGAUACUUGCCUCCCUGGAGGGGUGAAUGCCUUGAGUAGGCUAUUCAAUCAAAAAUAUGUAUUUAAGGGUAUUUUCAACCUUAUUAGGGCCUUCUUGGCUCGAUGCUCAACAUGUCAGGUCAACAACCCCUUGCCAAUGCGAGUGCUUCCCCCUCCUGUCCCCAUUAGAUCUUUUCGCCCCCAUUCCAGACUACAGUGUGACCUUAUUGACAUGGCCCCAAAGAAGCACCGUAGUUUUAUGCAGAAUAAUUGUUGGAGCUACCGUUACAUUCUAACAGUCAAGUGCUGUUUCUCGAAGUUUUGUUGGCUGUUCCCGUUAAAAACAAAGUCUGCAGAAGAAGUGUAUGCCGUUCUGAAGGCCUUGUUCAUCAAGGAAGGGUCACCUACUGUAAUUCAGUCAGAUAAUGGUGGUGAAUUCAUUGGAGAGGUAGUGCAAAAACUUUGCAAAGAAUUUGAAGUUUGCAUGGUUCAUGGUAGGCCACACCACCCACAGUCUCAAGGCCAGAUAGAAAAUAAAAGAAAUCCCAGAUGAUAGUAUGUGGACAGAAAGUAUUGAAGAUGGUUGCCUUGAGGAUUAUGAAUUUUUAUCAGAAGAUUUCAUUGAACUUGAGAGACAUGGGGAAAGC